AUACCGACAGCAGACAGCCUCGAAAUCCCGAUUCGAAUCUUUCGCUCGCCUACCCGCAAGGAACGAGCCUCCGUCUUAAUCUACUACCAUGGCGGCGGGUUCUUGACAGGCUCAAUCUCAACUGAAGAUCCCUUCUGCAUAUCCUUAGCCCGGGACACUGGGUUUACGGUUAUUAGCGUCGGCUACCGGGUGAUACCAGAGUGGAAAGCUCCUACGCAAUUUAAUGAUGCCUGGGAUGCUCGCAGUUGGGUGGUUGACAAUACAGCAGACUUGGGAUUCUCAGAAGACUUUGAUCUAUACGUCGGAGGUACUAGCGCUGGGGCUUUCCUGGCAGCAAGUGUUGUUCAAAGAGAAAGAGAGCUGGGUGAAUCACAUAUCAAAGGCCAACUCCUCGCCGCACCUUGGCUCUGUCUCCCAGAAAACUUUCCCUUUGACCACAAAGUCGGCGACAAAACUUCGCAUAUACAAUGUCGCGAUGCUGACUUCCUCCAUCAAUCCCACAUUGAGCAAUACCGUAUCCUGAUGGGAGUGCCGGACGAAUAUCGCGAUAGCUUGCUCUUGAAUCCUCUUCUAUUUGAUGAGAAGAGCAGCAUCAAGAAUUUGCCUCCCACGCACAUUAUGGUCUGUGGAGGCGACCCCUUGCGGGAUCAAGGCAUGAUUUAUCAACAGAAACUUGAUCGUAUGGGAGUUCCCACAAAGCUGAAUACUUAUGCAGGAUAUCCACACGUCUUCUGGAUAUUUCCAGGUCUUGCCAUGAGUGAAACAUGGUAUCGCGAUCUAUUAGAAGGCCUCCAGUGGUUG